AUGGAAGCAAGACGCGCUUGUGCACAUGUGGAGUUGUGGUUCUGGUGUUUCGGUCCUUUGCAGCAGCAAAGUCAUGCCAUGAGCGUUUGCAAGAACGCCAACCGAACGGGGCUCAUUCUUUCUAUGCCCUCUUCCAACAGGUGUUUGGCAGAGGCACGUUUCAAACAGAUUUUUCGUGAUGCGUGGAUAGGCAAGACCAACCAACAGACAGUGCAACACACACGAGGAAAAGCAGGACGCACUUGGAGCUUGCUCCCAGAUAUGCUGCGGGGAAAGUCCCCGUGCCUUGGGGCAGAGAGUGCCACUGGGAGACCGGAAGACCGCGACACUAGAGCCAUCAGCGAAGCACAUGCAAGACAAACCAACAGACAGUGCAAGACACACGAGGAAAAGCAGGACGCACUUGUGGCUGCCCGCAUGAUGGCUAGAUUGGUCAUUGGGAGCUUGCUCCCAGAUAUGCUGCGGGGAAAGUCCCCGUGCCUUGGGGCAGAGAGUGCCACUGGGAGACCGGAAGACCGCGACACUAGAGCCAUCAGCGAAGCACAAGCAAGACAAACCAACAGACAGUGCAAGACACACGAGGAAAAGCAGGAUGCACUUGUGGCUGCCCGCAUGAUGGCUAGAUUGGUCAUUGGGAGCUUGCUCCCAGAUAUGCUGCGGGGAAAGUCCCCGUGCCUUGGGGCAGAGAGUGCCACUGGGAGACCGGAAGACCGCGACACUAGAGCCAUCAGCGAAGCACAUGCAAGACAAACCAACAGACAGUGCAAGACACACGAGGAAAAGCAGGACGCACUUGUGGCUGCCCGCAUGAUGGCUAGAUUGGUCAUUGGGAGCUUGCUCCCAGAUAUGCUGCGGGGAAAGUCCCCGUGCCUUGGGGCAGAGAGUGCCACUGGGAGACCGGAAGACCGCGACACUAGAGCCAUCAGCGAAGCACAUGCAAGACAAACCAACAGACAGUGCAAGACACACGAGGAAAAGCAGGACGCACUUGUGGCUGCCCGCAUGAUGGCUAGAUUGGUCAUUGGGAGCUUGCUCCCAGAUAUGCUGCGGGGAAAGUCCCCGUGCCUUGGGGCAGAGAGUGCCACUGGGAGACCGGAAGACCGCGACACUAGAGCCAUCAGCGAAGCACAUGUGGACUUUCUCUUGGCAGACAAAAUGGACGCCGCUGCGAGACUGGGAAGCCCUCAAUGCCACAGCGAGAUCCCCUCGUGGGCCGUGGUCCAUGACGGGAAGGCGGUGUUCGAGAGCUUGGUAUGCGGGGUUCGUUGUUCUGAAGCUGGCUUAGUCGCGGCGCUGGAUGGCACACGCGCUAUCCUGGAGAUGGCGCAGCUGCAACGUUUGGUAUGUCCCAAUGGUCAGAUCUUCCUGCUGGCAGUCACUCUAGCCUAUGCCCGAGAGCAACUUUCGGCGAGAGAAGUUUCUCAAGCGCAGGUUAUGCUGUGGCACGCGCUGCAGAACAACUUCAUGUUAGAUGCCAGUGUCUGGCCGGUGAAGACGUAUGAUGUAUUGCAUAUGUUUGAUGAGUUGCCAGCUCCCCUGGACUUGCGUUCAGAGAAGAUUGGUGGCGAUUGGCACAAGAGUGUGACUUUAGUCGUACCGCGCUGUCCGCCCAAACUGGCGGAGUUGAUCCAGGAACGACUCCCUUCCUCCCGGGCCCUGAUUGGCAUCGUGGAUGAAACCCAGGCAAAUGAAGUUGCAAAGCAACUUUUGUGUAUUCGGAUGUUGGUGACCGCGCAGUUUCCACCUGGCCUUUGCUUUGGGCUCAAGACAUUGAUCGACUGUGGCGACUGUGGUGCAUUCCGCACGGCCAUGGCUAUCUUAGCCGGGCAAGGUCCCGAAGAAAUGAAAAUCACGGUGCGCAAUACCUUUCUAAACGUCCUUGAUGAUGAAGAGGACCCGCUCUUCCGAACUUCUUCAGACCCCUUGGGGGGUCAAUGUGAGAUGCAGGCGCGACACAUCGCAAAGGCGAAGCAGGCGACAUCUUCCAAGCUGUUUACCCACGAUGAGUCCAACGAGACCAACGAGACAGCUUCAACCACCUUGGAGGAUGUGGCCCUCUGCCGGAGUCGGACCUGGGACCCUCUGGAGCCCCACUUCAUUGAAGCUUCGCAGGACGGUUCACCUACUGACGUUUCCGAGUCACCUACAGCGUGUCCUCUUCAGGUUGGAGCGACAGCUCCCGGCAUGAUGCCAACCACUAUGCCUGUGGUGAGGUCACCGGCCCCUUCGGUCACCUCGCCCUUUGCUGGAGGCUUGGCCUUUCUGAAUUCGCAGCCCAGCGACCUGAGCCCCUUCACGGCCCCGUGGCAGCCACCGAAGAUGACUGCUCUCGCCCAUCCAUUUAUUCCAUCCGAGAGAUCCAACUUCGAUGCGAAUCAGCAACUUUUCUUCCCUUCGUCUCUCAUACACCAAGAGGCUGAUGUCGGCAGGGAUGUUGAUGACAGCCAGAUGAAGGACAGGGGAAGAAAAGGCUAUGGCAAGGGCUCCAAAGGCAAGGAGAAAGGCGACCAAUUUGGCUCUCGAGCCUACAGCUUUUCAUCAAACGGCAAGGGUCGCAUGCCUGCCGUACAUCGGAGUCAAGAUCCUUCGCGCGGCUACUCCUCGGCAAAGGAGGCCAUUGUUUUGGAGUCCUCCAGGCCGAUGGUGAGCUCCAAGGGCCCUCAAUUUGCCUUUCACCAUCGCUUUCACCCAGAAACUGCCAAAAUGGGAAGCGUCUCUCCUGACCACCGGACCUUUACCAAAGAGCAGUACAUGGGAAGAUUGUCCGUCAUUACCGAGGACAGAGUACAUAAGGAGGGCAUUCAAAGGUAUGUCGUUCAGUUCUGUAGUGGUGAGCUCAGCAAUGCGGAUGGUGUGGGCUUUAUCUUUUCAAACAAGCUGCCCUGUCCGAAGAAUAUCCAGAAGAUUGUGUCGAUCUUCGCGAACAAGUCCUCGCCUGAGCAUAUCGCGAAUAGCAUUCCUGAAGCAUGA